AACUAAUCCAAGUGGCAGUGGUGAGACAAACAUAAUAACAGGUCGCGACGUCGCUGUCAACUUCAGGAGUGAGCAGGACCUCUGAACGGGACGAGCGACACCGAACUUUUACCGCAUUCAGGAGACAUUUCUUAUAACUCAAGUGAAGUUUUCUGGUAUUUUGUCCCUCGAAAGACCAAAAGUGGCACUCUGGGACAUAGAGGGGAAAGGAUUUCUGAAGAGUAUUAGAACGACUGAGGCUUUCAGUUUCCCAAGUUAGUCUCCUCUGCUCACCUUAACAUGGCUUCAACGACCUGCACCAGAUUUACCGAUGAGUACCAGCUGUACGAGGAGCUGGGAAAGGGUGCUUUCUCCGUGGUGAGACGAUGCAUGAAGAUUUCCACGGGGCAGGAAUAUGCCGCCAAAAUAAUCAAUACCAAGAAGUUGUCUGCCAGGGAUCACCAGAAGUUGGAGCGAGAGGCCAGGAUCUGCCGCCUGCUCAAGCAUCCCAACAUUGUGCGGCUCCAUGACAGCAUAUCAGAAGAAGGAUUCCACUAUCUGGUCUUUGACUUAGUUACCGGUGGCGAGCUGUUUGAGGACAUUGUUGCCAGAGAGUACUACAGCGAAGCCGAUGCCAGUCACUGCAUACAGCAGAUUCUAGAAAGUGUAAAUCAUUGCCACAUAAAUGACAUAGUGCACAGGGACCUAAAGCCAGAGAAUUUGCUCUUAGCCAGCAAGUUGAAGGGGGCAGCGGUUAAACUGGCAGAUUUUGGCCUGGCUAUUGAAGUGCAGGGAGACCAGCAGGCAUGGUUUGGUUUUGCCGGGACACCAGGGUAUCUGUCUCCAGAGGUGCUGAGGAAAGAUCCCUAUGGCAAACCGGUUGACAUGUGGGCCUGUGGUGUGAUCCUCUACAUCCUCCUGGUGGGAUAUCCUCCAUUCUGGGAUGAGGACCAGCACAGACUCUACCAGCAGAUUAAAGCUGGGGCUUAUGAUUUCCCUUCUCCUGAGUGGGACACAGUGACUCCAGAGGCUAAAGACCUGAUCAACAAGAUGCUGACCAUUAAUCCAGCCAAGAGAGUGACAGCCACCGACGCGCUCAAACAUCCUUGGAUCUGCCAACGUUCCACUGUGGCAUCCAUGAUGCACAGACAGGAGACUGUGGAGUGCCUGAAGAAGUUUAACGCCAGAAGGAAACUCAAGGGUGCUAUCCUGACCACUAUGCUCGCCACUCGCAACUUCUCAGCAGCCAAGAGUCUGCUGAACAAAAAAACAGAUGGUGUCAAAAUCAACAACAAGGCCAAUGUGGUCACCAGCCCCAAAGAGCCUCUCCCCACUCCUUCUCUGGAGCCUCAAACCACUGUUAUCCACAACCCAGCUGAUGGAAACAAGGAGUCCAGUGAGAGUGCCAACACUACCAUUGAGGAUGAGGACGUGAGAGCUCGUAAGCAAGAGAUCAUUAAAGUCACCGAGCAGCUGAUCGAGGCCAUCAACAACGGCGACUUUGAGGCCUACACGAAGAUAUGUGAUCCUGGCUUGACAUCCUUUGAGCCUGAGGCCUUGGGUAACUUGGUGGAGGGCACCGAUUUCCACCGCUUCUACUUUGAGAACGCUCUGUCCAAGGUGAAGCAGCCCAUCCACACCAUCCUGCUCAACCCCCACGUCCACCUGAUCGGGGACGAGGCCGCCUGCAUCGCCUACAUCCGCCUCACCCAGUACAUUGACAGCAGUGGCAUGCCUCGCACCAUGCAGUCAGAGGAGACUCGCAUCUGGCACCGCCGUGACAGCAAGUGGCAGAACAUCCACUUCCACCGCUCUGGCUCUCCCACCGUGCCCACCAAGUAAGGCCAGUGGCGCCUCCCUCGCCUGUGUCUCUGUCCUUCAUCUGCAGGAAUUCUGUGAAUUCUCAAAGAGAAGUCACCUUAACUGCAGAGUGGCUACUGGGCUUUUAUUUCUACUAUUUCCUGUGUUAUAAUUCUAUGUGAUCAUACUUCACUAAGAAGCGUCCCUUGUUUCCUGAUCUGGUCUUUCUUAAUUUGCUACUGAUGAACUUCCUUCAUGAUGACUUGUUUCCUUGAUAAAUUCAACAUAACCUCCAUCAGUAUGAUAAUUAUUUGACCUAGGAUUGCUAGAUAAGUUUACAUAUGCAGAUUAGUCUGGAACCAGUUCAGUUCAUUUUCAGCUUUCAAGGGGCGUUUGGCGUUCGUGGACUGAAAUGCCUCUGGAUACAGUUGAAUAGGCCCACAACCAAUCAAAGCAAUCAGACAUAUCUGUUGUGAAGCUUUUAACCAUAUAACACAAUCCUCAGUCGCUUCUCCUACUGCGUUCCCUAAAAUCCAACUUAUUUUCAGAAUGAAUCGUUUUUCUCUGUUAAAUUUCCAAAAAAUGCGAUUUCACGCAAUUUCCCAGAGCCCAAAUCCAAAUGUUCACAUUUAAGAAGGUGGAACCAGCAAAUGAGUGACAUAUUUGAUUUAAACAUGACAAUGACAGAAAUGUUUAAUGGAGUAUCAAAACAGAUGGCAGUAAUUUUCUUUGCCUAAUUGACUAAUCGUGGCACCUUCUACCUGUAUUGGUUUCUUAAAUGAUCCCAAUUGGGAAAAAUCAGAUACAACUAAAAGAUCAAGCAAAAGGCAAGCAGAGAAUAUUUGCCAUAGAGAAGACAUCUCAGAGGACUAAACAAAGUAAUUGUCAUUGUUUGUAUUCUUAUGUAGCAAUGAUAUGUGGUUUGAGUUUCAGUUGAGAGGACCAUCUAGACCAUACCUACCUAGUGUUCAUCAGACCCCUCAGCCAAUCCCUGACCACACUAGAGCUAGAGCUCCACCCUCUCAGUGUGUUGUUUACAUAUUGUCGCUGCUGGCCUGGAGGUUACUGUACCAUGUUGGAAGAAAAAAAACAAGAAAGAGGGAGAAAACUUCAAGUCUUGACAAUAUAAUGUUGUAAUGAGAGUGUGUGGUGUUCAUUAAGGGAUAUUACCAUGUGCAGCAUGUUUUAUUGUUGAGGUUUUUUUUUUUUUUAGAUCAGUAUGUUUUAAAUAUAGGAUGUUUUCAGAGGUUCCAGUUAACAGGUGAAGCCUGUGAAACUUCCAGUGAUCAUGUAUAGUGACAGUUUCUCAUUUGGAUAUUGCACAUAUAGAGGACUCUUGAGCUGUUGUGAAGUUUUGUCUUUUUUUGUCGCCUUUGGGCAUGAUGACCAAUAUAUCACAUAUCUGCUUUUUACUCAUGUAUCUUUUCAUGAAUUGCCAUCUAUUAAAGUUAAGGCACAAGCUUGCUUUUGUUUUGGUGAUGUAUAGGUUUCGGUAACUGUAAGUUGCCCUGUUAAUCUUUAGCAGGGUCCAUAUGUACUGGUGGUGGCUAAUUUUUACAAUUCUGUUUUGUUGUUUUUGGGUUGCCAUUGGCUCCAAGUAUGUUUACUGGGAAUUUUAAUUAAAUCAGUUUAAAUCUUUUACUUUGUCAGUAUGGACCACUGUCUUCACAGAGCAGCAUGUAAGAAAAGUCACUUAUGAUAGAAUGCAAACUAUAGAGAUACAUAGAAUUCAUAGAUAUCACUCAGAUCAUGUUUUCAUACUGUGAGGAGUUAAUUUCGUGAAUUUUAUUAGUUUUAUUUUCUUGUGUUUACUUUUUAUAUUGUGAUAUUGAUGCUUGUCCUUCCACUGCUCAUUACUGUUGCUUUUCUUUAGAGCCCUUUUCACCUGAUUCCCUCCUUGAUUCUCCCUUUGACUGGUGUAUGCCAAUGUUUUAUAUCACCAUGUUUUACACUGGAUAAGAGUGAGGCAGAAUCAUGAUGUUGAAACUGACGUGAAUGAGAAAUUCCUGCUGAAACAUUGGUUUCAAGGGUGGCGUAGUGGUGCAGUGGUUAGCGCUGUUGCCUCACAGCCAGCAGGUUCCAGGUUUGAAUCCCAACAUCCUCCCACAAUACCAAAAACAUGCACAUUAGGUUAAUUGGCUACUCUACAUUGCCCCCUAGGUGUGAGUGUGUGCAUGUGUGGUUGUCUGUCUUUGGUCUUUGUGUGUUAGCCCUGCGAUUGACUGGUGAGUCCAGGGUGUACCCCGCCUCUUUCCUGUAGUCAGCUGGGGUAGCAGCAACACCCCCCCCCCCCCCAAAAAACCAUGAUGGACACGCGGUGUACAAAAUGAAUGGUUGGACAUUGGUUCCAUAAGUCCCAUUCAGUUUUGCCAUGGGGAAUUACAUUAUUAGCCAGAAUUACUCAGAUUACUCAAAUCGCCAUUUUAGAUCUUACGUUACUUUAUCAUGUUGUUGUAAUGUCACUGUUGAAAAAAGGGGAAAGGGAAUUGUUAGCUUCACUUUCAUGUUUAUAUUUUCCAACAUGCAUAUUAGGAUGUAAUGUCACAAGGAAAAAAAAAAAAAGAUUUAUUUUUGAUUCUGGAAAUUUAAUUCCAGAAUCAACGUACAGGGAAAGGGAGCAUUCACAUGCAAAGAUUACGCCACAGGGUGACCGCUGAUGAUUACAUUGAUUGUUUCUUCAGUAAAAUGUUUUGCAUCUUUUUUUGUUUAAUCACAUUUGUCCCUCAAACACCAUACUUGGUUUUUACCUGUCUAAGAUGCUUUUGACGUUCUCAAUGGGACACUGCUAUAUAAUGUUAAAAUGAUGGGACAAGCCUGAUUCAUGUCUAAGAAAUAUCAAAUAAAAUGCGUGUUUUAUGCCAAACGAC